AAAAAAAAAGAAAUCGUUAUGUUUCAGACCCGCAAAAAACCGCCACAAAAGCAAGAUUAGCGAGCGCUCCACCCUUUAUAAUUAUUUUUUUACUCUGGCAACAAUAGCCACCAUCCGUCAAUCUGACAUUUACAUUUUUCUGAGAUUGUUGUCGUCGCAGUGAAAAUAAAUAAAUUAAUUCAAAAUAACACACUUUAACACUCUUAAACUUACCUUGAAAGCUAUGAUAAGUUCAUUCAAUUCAUUAUUUCUAUAUUCCACUUCAAAUCUCAUCCGUUUAGUCGCGCCGAGCGCUUAAAACUGAACCACCUUCGAGUUAUUUUAGUGUUCAAAUUACCUAUUUCUUAUGUAAACAGUGAUGGAAAACUGUUGGGAACCGUCGCCCCACAGUUCCCAGGAUUGUUAUCCGCACUACAACCUAUUCCAGAGCUCGAUAUUCUACGAUACAGACAACUUUCGUGUGCCGUGUCUGUUGGAGGACUCCGUGGCCUCGGAGAGCUCUGAGAAUGAGGAACGGAGCGCGGAGCCCCCGGACAAGCCGCCGGAGGCGCCGGUGAAGGCCAAGCGGGUGAUCGCGAAGCAAGAGCUGUAUCGCGACCCCAAGUUGUUUGGCAAAGAUGAUGGACAAUCAAACACCAAUGGUCCCAUAGAGCCUCCAAACUUGCCGCUGUCCCAGCCGUGGGGCUACGACUGGACCAAGCAGAGCUGGGUGAAGGAGGGUGCUCCAGUGGCCGACAUACAGAAGGAUGAGAGGCGCACACCAGAACACCAGCCUGCUGCUCCGAGGGUUAACAACAGCAAGGCGGAGAGCAUGAUGCACAAGAUGGGUUGGCAGGGCGGCGCGCUCGGGAGGACCGGCGAUGGCAUCACGGAGCCCAUCACACCUAAAACUAUUCAUGUAAGUAAAGUUAGCAUCAAUGGUACUAGUUCAGCGUUCGUUAGUGUCACUAACGAAUUCGAGCCAAUCUUGCAGUCUAACGCAAGUAGUUGA